GAGCAUUGGGUAGAUUGUUAUAAGUAAUAUAUUCUCUGAAGAAGCGACCUAAACUAAGUCACGAAACGUCAGAUAACCUAAUUUUUCUACUCAUUAGGGUAUUACAAAUAUAUUGUUUAUUUUUACGAUAUUGAUUAUAGCAUUUUAUGCCAAUAUGGUUUAUUUAAAAUAUACUGAGAUGAUAUCACUUCCCAUCCGAUGUUAGGUAUAGCAAACUAGUGUUUUCACAUGUUUCAUUCCUUAUAAAAUAGCUACCUGAUAUUAAAUAUAGUCCUUAUAAAUUAAACAUAUCAAUCGAACUAGUACUCUUAAUGUUACCGUUAUGCAAUUCGUUGUGUUUAAUAUUACAUACAAUGUUGACUAGUACGUAAUAUUUGUUCAAGAAAUGAGAUUAAAAUAUAGCUCUUUCACAGUUUUACUCAGUAAGGAAUAAAGGUAGGUUUGAACUCCUGUAAAUUGCUCCAUAUCUCGUCCCAUGAUUUCCCUGAAAUAAGUAUUUUUGUGGUUAUUUUAUUCAAAUAAAUCCCAUCAAACUGAUGCAAACGAUAGAGUAAUCUUAGUAACUUUUUUUUCAAAUAUUUUUACGUGGUGUAGUGUGGAGUACAGAAAUCAAUGACAGAACACAAAAAUCCUACAGAUAUCAAUGAAGUAUUACCUCCGUCUUUAGCUGCUGUUAGAGAGAUAUUUUCGGAGUUUAACGUCUCGGAAGUUUCGGAUGAAAUAUGUACACGGGUUUUGGACGUUUUGUAUAGACACACAUGUGAUGUCAUCGAAGAGGCAAAGGCUGUUUCUCAUCAUGCCGGUCGACCGAAAAUUGAGGAAGAUGACGUACAACUAGCCAUCAAUUCAGUCACAGAUGGACUUAUGUUCGCACCCCCAUAUAGAGAUCAGUUACUAGCUUAUGCUGAGAAAAAUGAACAGCCACUACCAGCUGUUCGUCCUCAUUGUGGCAUUCGUCUACCCGCUGAACGCUUCACACUCACAGCUCCAAAUUAUUCACUUUUACCAUGUGCAGACAACGCAAAAACAAAUCCUUCAUCUGAACUCGUUGGGGAUUCUUCGAUGACACUUCAUAUAUCCAACCCGGUUAAUCCUACCAAAAAUAUAUUUAGAGCUAUUAAUCCUUCAACCAGACCAAUUACUGUUGGUAAUCCUAUGGGACCAUCUGUUCAUGUUAUUGCCGCUCCUGGAAUGGGACCUUCUAUGAUUCGUGUUCAAACUGUCCAAAAUGUUGCUCAAUUGUCCAGUGUAGAUACCAGCACUGGCUUACGAACACUUCCCGUGGGCCCUACAGUAUCCAGUGUCAUGUCUUUGAAUCGACGUUACAUGGACACAUCAUAA